AUGGAGGUGGUGGGUGAUGGCCUGGGGCUCAGCAAGUCUUCAGUCAGCAAAACUGUGACAACAGUAACACCUUUGCUGUUACAGCUGAUGAAGAGCAUCCUGGUUUUCCCCAAAACUCCUGAAGAACAGCUGGCCAAUCAACAAUUCUAUGAUAUUGACAACAUCCCCAGAGUGAUUGGCAUCAUUGAUGGCACCCUAAUCCCAGUAUUAAGCCCUAAGGUAAAUGAGCCCUUGUACAUUUGCAGGAAGGGCUAUCCAGCCAUUAAUGUUCAAGUAGUGUGUGAUCACCAGGGAAUGUUCACUGACAUUGUGGCAAAAUGGCCUGGAAGCACACAUGACUCUUUUGCAUGGGCCAAUUCUGCAAUUUGCCAGAUGGCUGAAGAAGGUGGCUUUGGUGAUAGCUGGCUGCUGGGAGACAGUGGAUAUCCUCUUCGCCCCUACCUCUUGACACCUGUGCAGCAUCCAGCCACCAUUGCAGAGGAAAGGUUUAAUCAGGCCCAUGGAAGGACACGCUCUAUAGUGGAGAGGACUAUAGGACUGUGGAAACAACGUUUUGGCUGCAUCAGCAAGUCCAGUGGUGGCCUAAAGCUAAACCCCACCAAAAGCUGUUCUGUUAUUGUGGUUACUGCAAUUCUCCACAACAUUGCAGUCAGGGAAAAUGUCCAGCUUCCUGAGGAGGAAGUUGGUGCUGUUGGAGCCGAUGGUGAGGAAGAUGCUGUUUCUGAUGAUGAUCCUUUGAACACACAUCAAGGCAGAAUGCAUCCUGCAGGAGCAGAAGUCAGAGAACUUUUAAUUCAGAAUAUGUUUGGAUGGUAG